AUGUCUUUAGAAGAUGCAGCUUUCAAAGCUUAUAACCCAAAGAAUGUCGAAAGCUCUUGGUAUGCUUGGUGGGAAGAACAAGGAUUCUUCAAGCCUGAAUUAGAUGCCAAUGGAGAAGUCAAGAAGGAAGGUGUUUUCACCAUUCCAUGUCCUCCACCAAAUGUUACUGGUGCUUUGCAUAUUGGACAUGCAUUGACUGUUGCUAUUCAAGAUACCAUGCAAAUAUGGGCUAAGGAAAAGAAGACCAGACAUGACUAUGGUCGUGAAAAGUUUAUUGAAAAAGUCUGGGAAUGGAAGACUGAAUAUCAUGACAGAAUUAAGAACCAAUUCAAGAAGUUAGGUGCUUCUUACGAUUGGUCUAGAGAAAAGUUUACCUUGGAUCCAGAAUUAUCUGAAGCUGUCACCGAAGCUUUUGUCAGAAUGCAUGAAGAUGGUACUAUUUACAGAGCUUCCAGAUUAGUCAAUUGGUCUGUUAAGUUGAACACUGCCAUUUCUAACUUGGAAGUUGAUAACAAGACCAUUCCAGGUAGAACUUUGUUACCUGUUCCAGGUUAUGAAAACAAGAUCGAAUUCGGUACUUUAACUUCUUUCUCAUAUCCUGUUGAAGAUUCUGAUGAAAAGAUCACUGUUGCUACCACUAGACCUGAAACUAUUUUUGGGGAUACUGCCGUUGCUGUUCAUCCAAAGGAUCCAAGAUACACUCAUUUGCACGGUAAGUAUGUUAUCCAUCCAUUUGUUAACCGUAAAUUACCUAUCAUUUGUGAUGCCGAAACUGUUGAUAUGGAAUUCGGUACUGGUGCUGUUAAGAUCACUCCAGCCCAUGACCAAAACGAUUACAACACUGGUAAGAGAAACAAUUUAGAAUUCAUCAACAUCUAUACUGAUGAUGGUUUAUUGAACGAAAACUGUGGUGAAGAAUGGAAGGGUAUGAAGAGAUUUGAUGCCAGAGCCAAGGUUAUUGAAGCCUUGAAAGAAAAGGGAUUGUAUGUUGAACAAAAGGACAAUGAAAUGACCAUUCCUCUCUGUUCUAGAUCUGGUGAUGUUAUUGAACCAUUAUUGAAACCACAAUGGUAUGUUAACCAACAAGAAAUGGCCAAGGAAGCCAUUGCUGCUGUAAAGAGUGGUGAAAUUGUCAUUACUCCAAAGACCUCCGAAGCUGAAUAUUUCCAAUGGUUGGAAAACAUUCAAGAUUGGUGUAUUUCUCGUCAAUUAUGGUGGGGACACAGAUGUCCUGUUUACUUUGUUACUCUUGAAGGUGAAGAACACGACAGACUUGACAAUGAAUACUGGGUUUCUGGUAGAACUGAAGCUGAAGCUUUGGAGAAGGCUCAAAAGAAGUUCCCAAACAAGAAAUUCACUUUGGAACAAGAUGAAGAUGUCUUGGAUACUUGGUUCUCUUCUGGUUUAUGGGCUAUUACUACUUUAGGAUGGCCAAAGCCAACCAAGGAUAUGGAAUUAUUCAGUCCUCAAUCCAUGUUGGAAACUGGUUGGGAUAUUUUAUUCUUCUGGGUUUCUCGUAUGAUCUUGUUGACUUUGAAGUUAACUGGUAAGAUUCCAUUCAAGGAAGUUUUCUGUCACUCCUUGGUUAGAGACGCUCAAGGUCGUAAGAUGUCCAAGUCUUUGGGUAAUGUUAUUGAUCCAAUUGAUGUUAUUGCUGGUAUUCCAUUAGAAGGUUUACAUGCUAAAUUAUUGAGUGGUAACUUGGAUCCUAAGGAAUUAAAGAAAGCAACUGAAGGACAAAAGUUGUCCUAUCCAAAGGGUAUUCCUGAAUGUGGUACUGAUGCUCUUAGAUUUGCUCUCUGUGCUUACAGUACUGGUGGUAGAGAUAUUAACUUGGAUAUCUUAAGAGUUGAAGGUUACCGUAAGUUCUGUAACAAGAUUUACCAAGCUACUAAAUUCGUGUUGGGUAGAUUAGGUGACGAUUAUGUUCCUCCAAAGACCAGCGCUUUGUCUGGAAACGAAUCCUUAGUUGAAAAGUGGAUCUUGUAUAAAUUAUCAAUUGCCGCUAAGAACACCAAUGAAAGUUUGGAAGCCCGUAAUUUCGGUGAUGCCACUGGUCACAUUUACAACUUCUGGUAUGACUUGUGUGAUGUUUACAUUGAAAACUCCAAGCAAUUGAUCCAAGAUGGUACCCCAGAACAAAAGAAGUCUGCUCAAGAUACUUUGUACACUUGUAUCGAUGGUGCUUUAAGAUUAAUUCAUCCAUUCAUGCCAUUUGUUACUGAAGAAAUGUGGCAAAGAUUGCCAAGACGUGAAGGUGACAACACUGUCACUAUUAUGAAGGCUAAGUAUCCUACUUAUGUUGAACAACUUGACGAUGUUGAAUCCUUCAAGGCCUACGAAUUAGUCUUAGAUAUCACCAAGAGUGCCAGAUCUUUAUUGUCUCAAUACAACAUUACCAAGAAUGGACAAGUUUACGUUGAAUCUGCCAACGAAUCUAUCAAUAAGAUUGCCAAUGAACAACACGAUUCUAUUGUUUCAUUGAUCAAGGGUGUUGAAAAGAUUUUCGUUGUCAAGACUCCAGAAGAAGUUCCAUCUGGUUGUGCUUUGCUUUCUGUUGGCCCAGAAUGUAACGUCCAUGUUUUAGUCAAAGGUCAAAUUGACUUGGAUGCUGAAAUUGCUAAGGUUAACAAGAAAUUGGAAGCCGCCAAUGAUUUCAAGAAGAAGGCUAAUGAAUCCAUUAGUAAGUUUACUGAAAAGACCAAGCCUGAAGCUAAGGAUGCUGCUUUCAAGAGAUUAGAACAUCUUACUGCUGAAAUUGAAAGUUAUGAACAAACCAUCUCCAUUUUAGAAAAAUUGAAGCUUUAG